UUUAGUUAUAAUUAAUUUUAUUGUGAAAAGAAAAAUAGUUUAAAUUGCUGAGGUAAAAUAACGAGAUGACGAUGGACGUGAGCAAGAGUGAACCCAACAAAAAUGGAACUACUCCCCAAGAGUGUGCUGGAUGUGGAAAACCAAUUACAGAAAGAUACCUUCUAAAAGCUCUGGAUAUGUUUUGGCAUGAAGACUGCUUGAAGUGUGGUUGCUGUGAUUGUAGACUAGGGGAAGUAGGAUCAACUUUAUAUACAAAAGCAAACUUGAUUCUUUGCAAGCGUGAUUAUCUCAGACUUUUUGGCAACACUGGUUAUUGUGCAGCAUGCUCAAAAAUAAUUCCUGCUUUCGAGAUGGUUAUGAGAGCAAGAGCAAAUGUCUAUCAUCUGGAGUGCUUUGCUUGUCAACAAUGCAAUCACAGGUUCUGCGUUGGAGAUAGAUUUUAUUUAUGUGAAAAUAAAAUUCUUUGUGAAUAUGAUUAUGAAGAAAGGCUUGUAUUUGCAAACAUGGCGUUACAUCCACCGCCAACAGCAACAUUGGCACACAUCAAGCGUCAGGUUACACACCUGCAGCCUCAGGUAACACAGGGUAACGCAACGAGACAACCAAACGGAGACUCUGGCCAUAACCACAAUGGGUAUCCAACGCCUGCUACGUCGACUACCCAUAACGCUCUAAAUCCCAUGAAUAAUUUAAACGGCAUCAACGCACAAGCUACAUACGACACCAAAUGACAACCAAAGUAAGAUACAAUCAUAGGAUCGAAUCUUGAAGCAAUGAUGAAUUAUAAAAAAUUGAAGAAAGAUAAAAAUUCUUUAAUGCUGCCAAAGAUAAAUUUUUCUUAACUGCUACUGAUUCGAUUGACCCACAAAUAAAUAAUGACUAAAACCAAAGUUAAUUAUUGGAUACCAAAAAAAAAAAAGUAGAAAAAUGAAAAUAAUUUGCGAAUUAAAUUGUGAUCGCAGGUAUGGAAUUUAAUAAAAUUUAAGAAUGUCUUUAAAUGAAUUAGAAUAUUAAUUGUCUAAAAUUAAUUAAGUAAGAUUUAAUAUAAAUUUAAUUUAUAAUUAAGUUAUUAAAAAAAUUUUGGUGCUCAUUAGAAGAUAAAUUCGUUAAAAAUUGGAAUAAAAAGAUAUUUGAAAAUAUAAGAAAAAAAAUAAGUAAAGAUAUUAGAAUAAAAUUCAAAGUUUUGCUCGAGCGAAUUUGCCGAAAGAGAGUGAGGUAAAUUCGUAGAUAAAUCGAGAUCGGCCGCUACGGUCGCCGGGCACCCCCGGGGGUGUAAUACGUUAAGGGUGACUUAGCGUCGUUUCAACUUCGAAUCUCCGUAGAGGCCAGAUUGAUGCGGCCAACUUUUACGUUGCCUUAUUUGCGAGUCAGAUAACGAGGCUGAGUUAUACCCAAAGUUUUUGGGGUGUUAGAAGGUGGAGGAGAGGGUAGAGAGCGAGUUGAAUGCUUUAUUUCUUUACUGUGUACAAAAGAACACACAUAUUCGAGGGUUUAAAACCAUCCGUACCUGCGACAAAUGCUUCCAUGAUAUUGUUAUAUACAAAAUAUUUAUAUUGUAUGUAAAAUAUAACAAAUUAUAUUAAAGUAUAUAUAAUAGAAUGUUUCUAAUUAUUGGAUCAAUAAAUAGUGAAAAUAAUUCAAUAAAUAUGUAUAUCUUCUAUUGAAUAUCUAUAGUAAUUCAA